UUCACUAUUUUCACAAUUAAACAACAAACAGUUAUCCGUGUUGGGAUCAGUUCUUAUACAGAAAGCUUUUGAUAUAAAUUAAAUCACAAUUAUAAUAAAAGCAAAAGAGGAAAGAUAGCCAAGUGCACAUUAAACUGUAGAAACUAAUGCAGACGACCACUGAUCAGAUGAAUCAUUCACAUCUAACGUAUAUGCUUGGACACUAAUGAGGAAUCGACAGAACAUGUACAGCAACUCGGGGAAGAAACCACCUCAAUCAUUUACACCACAUCUGUAACAAAACUUUAUGAUGGAUACCAAGCAUUUUGUUUGGGGUGCUCAGAUUGAAGACCUUUGGGAGGUGGCCAGUGAGCUACAGGAAAAUGCCAUUGAAGUAGAUGUAUACCUACGAGCUAUGGGGAGUGACUCUUGCAUUAUGAAAGAUACAGACCGUAACCUGUUUACCAGUGUACCUUCGGAUAAAUGUUUUAAGAAGACUGUUACCUUUCCAGCCCACAAAUUGAUGCUUGCUGCAGCUUCUCCAUUCCUUAAUAAGGUGCUGAGUGAGCACUACCAUGAACACCGAGAUACUUGUGUCAGUAUAACUGUUCCUCAUGUUUCACCUAAUGCCUUGCACUAUGUUAUUGACUUCAUAUAUUGCGGUAACUUGGAUAUUCCCAUGACAGCCAGAGAACAAGUGUUGGAGGCUGCACAACUGUUGCAGGUUAUCAGUCUCAUUGAUUAUAUCCAAUCAGAUAAUUCAAGAUCAGUAGGGAUGAGUGAAGCUGAACCUGCAGAACUAAAAGAAAAAGCAGAUAAUAGAAUAAAUGAUGGAAUGAAAUCCCCUUCCAGAAAGAGAGGUAGAAAAAGAAAAUUGCCAAAGAUACCACCAGUGGUCAAUGAAAGCUUCUCUGUACUUAAUAUUCAUACACAGAAAAAAGCAGACAUACUUAAUGAGUCAAAAAAAUAUGGGGAUGAUGAGCUGGGUCGGUGUCGUAGAAAAAUAAAGAAUAGAUACAAUUCUGACAUUUAUGAAGUAAAUAUACCAAAGUUAAGAAGGUUUAGGAAUAAAGAAUUAUAUAAUACAGUAAAGAAAAAAGGUAAGAGUGCUGAACACAGUUCUAAGGACUUAAAUCAAUCCUCAAAAGAAAAUGAGAACCACCACACUUAUGCUCUGAACACUAAUGUCUGCAAAAUGAAUGAAAAUGUUGUUGCAAAUGUGUCAUUAGAUAAAGAAGUGACAACCAGUUCACCUUCAUUUACAUGUACAACUUUUGAUUUAAGACCGAUAAAAACAGAAGAUCUGGAACCACAUCUGUUACCUUUACCAUCAACAUUGCCUUCAUCAUCAGUUGUGAUGCCUCACUUAUUUACAUCUGAUGCAUCUUACUUACAAGAAUCAAGUAGGUCACAGUGUCUGACAGACAUUUCUUGUGCACCAUUUAUAGAACCACAAGAUUCCAAGACAAGAAUCACUGAGGAGUCAUUUGAGUCAUCAACCUUAGUUGUGGCUUCAUCCUCCUCCUCCUCUUCAUUAUUGUUGUCACACACAAGAGACCUGUCUGUAACAUCACUACCUGCUUUACAAAGUCUGCCACUAAAACAAGUACCUGCAGUUAGCCAUCCUCAAAACACUUCUGAUACUUUCCAAGAUGAAAAGAAUGAGUAUGAGGAGGAAGAAGAAGAUGGCCUUCUGAAGUGGCAGGUAUUACUUAAAGAAUGUGAAGGGGAUUUCCAGAAGGUGUAGGCACUACUUCCAUGAUUCAGAAGAAGAUGGAGGAGAAAGCAUAACUGUCAAGUACCAAGAUAGAGGAGUUAAUAUAGAUCAGUGGAUAUCUGAAGAAAUUCAUUGUUAUGUAAC